AUGAAUGGGGAGGAGGGAGCGGCGCGCAGGCGCAGCGCGCGCUCCGGGCGGAGGGCGCCCCCCCGGGGGGGGGACACGCGCGGCGGGGGCGGUUUCGAGGCCCCCCCCGCGCACACCCCGGAGCGCCCCGGGCCGGAGCGAGCGGGAUCAAAGAGCGGCGAGAGGGGAACGGGCCGCGGGCAGCGCCCGCCGCAGAUUACGGCGGGCGAUUCAUUACGCGGGACAGCAAUCGAGUUAGGAGGGAGCGGCCGGGGGCUGCCGGGACCCUCCGGCACCGCACGGACAGAGCCGCGCACCGGGACACACGGACACGGCACGGGGACAGACGGACAAGGACAGCCGGGAACAGGCGCUGCUGCAGCGGGACGUGCGGCUGCGGCACGGAGCCACGCUUGGGGACACGGCGGGGGACACACGGACACGCAAGGACACGGGGUGGCACCGCACACCCAGCCGCCGCAUCCUCCUCCAGGGCUGCCGUGCGAAGGCCCGUGGGAUCCCACUCCACGUGGGAAAGGCCGGGGAAGGAAGGGCCCUUAUGGAUUAUCCCAGCGCCAGUGGAAUCGCUGCCGAACGGGAGCGCGGUGCAGAUCACGGUGUGCAGCCACCGGUGGUCUGGGAGUGCUGGGAAAGAGUUUCCUGACUGAAAAAGAAAACCAAAAAAACCUCACGGAAAGCGGCUCUCAGGCUCUUCCUUCCCGCAGUGACGCUGGCGGGAGUGGCAGUGGGAAGGGGCCGGGGGAACCCCUGGUGCUGGGUGGGAAGGGGUUGAGUCCAGGGCUUGUGGAGCACCAGGGCUGUGUCCCUGGGCACAGUGGGCAGAUCUCCAGAGGGUAAACAUCAAACCUGGGCAAGCCCCUGCUGUGGGUAACCCCCGCCCCUCAUGAGUUGGCAGCCCUGUGGGCAGGACCCCUC